UAUCAUCGGGCAACACUUUGCUACGUCAAUCGUCUUGACGAAAGAAGAAGUCGCCAUUGUUCUUGUCAAUUUUUGUACAAGUUUUUUCCGUGAUAAUUUCCUUCAGAACAAUCCAUUCUUUGUGCUUAAAGAUCCCGUGGGAAGAAUUCUGAGUUAUCCUGUUUUACAAAUAACCAUUGAGUGUCACGAACAAUGUCUGCUAUGAGUCCCGAAUAUGACUAUCUGUUUAAACUUCUUCUAAUUGGCGAUUCUGGCGUCGGCAAAUCCUGCUUACUUCUGCGUUUUGCGGACGACACUUAUACAGAGAGCUACAUUAGCACCAUUGGAGUAGAUUUUAAAAUUAGAACAAUUGAACUCGAUGGAAAGACCAUAAAAUUACAAAUCUGGGAUACUGCUGGGCAGGAAAGAUUCCGUACGAUUACGUCGUCGUACUACCGUGGAGCUCAUGGUAUUAUUGUUGUGUAUGAUUGCACAGACCAGGAAUCCUUCAACAAUGUCAAGCAAUGGCUGGAAGAGAUUGAGCGCUAUGCUUGCGAAAAUGUCAAUAAACUCCUGGUAGGCAAUAAAUGUGAUCUAACAACCAAGAAAAUUGUCGAUCAUACAACGGCUAUGGAAUAUGCGAGUCAAUUGGGCAUUCCAUUCCUUGAGACAUCAGCCAAAAAUGCCACAAAUGUGGAUCAGGCUUUUAUGACAAUGGCUGCAGAGAUUAAGAAUCGCGUUGGACCACCAUCCAGUGCAACAGAGGCUGCUGGCAAGUCAGUGAAAAUUGAUCAAGGGCGUCCAAUUAGCGAUACCAAAUCCGGCUGCUGUUGAAAACUUUUUUUUGUUUGGUUCCGAAAGACAAAAAAAAAUGUGCACCAUCGGCAUUUUUUUGUUUUUUUUGAUUUACAACAGUACCAUUCUGUUAAUUUUUUUUUUGAAAUGAAGAAAAGAAACUGAAAAAAAAACUUUAAAUGAGAAGAGUUGAAAAAAUAAAUCCAUUCAGCUACUAUUUACUUUAACAUUAAAAUAUAGAGGAUGAAUCAUGAGAAAAAAACACAAUUUUAAGAUCAACUUAAAAGAGAGAAAAAGAUAAAUGAAAGGAUCUUGAAGAGUUAUUAUGCAAAGAAUAUUUGGUAGAAGAAUUACACGAGAAAAAAAAAUAAUCGAUUGAUCAAAGACGAUAAAUGUAUUUAAGAAAAAAUUAAAUAUUUCACACAUAAUGAAAGUUCAUAUAAUUUGAGCAAAAGUAUUUGAUGGUUGGCUGAAUGCAGCACUUUAUUAUUGAAAGGUCAAGUAGAUUUCAAUAAAAAAUAAAAGAUUUGCAUUAAUCAAGUAUUUAAAGGGCAGGAAACUGAUGGAGUUUUGAUAAAUAAAAAAAGGAACUGAAAUCUACUUGGAAGUUUAAUAAUAAAAUAUUAAAUAAAGAAUAUUAAAAAAAAAAAAUCUGAAUAAGAAUAAAGGUAAAAAAAAAUAAUUUGUGAAGAUGGAAAAAUUUAGAUUCAAAUAAAAUACACCACGUAAUAAAAUUCUUCCUGGUUUUUUAUACCUUGUAGAAAUUGGCCGUCAAUUUUUUUAAAGUAUUUUUGUUUUUAAUUGAAAUUUUUCGUUGCUGAAACUUCCUACACGAAAAAAAAUAGACAAAAAGUAGAAUGUGUGUAAAUUAUAUUUUGCAUUGUUCCAAUUUUUUUAGCUGAAUAUUUCUUACAAAAAAACUUAUAUUUAUAAUUCUAAUUCGCAUUAAAUAAAAAACAAAAAUUUAUUACAGAAGAAAAAACCAUCAGCCAAUAGGAAACAGGCAUUUCCAAUAUGGCGGAACGUUCCUGGCUUCCCAUUGGCUGGUUCUUUCUUCAACAAAAUCUGCGAUUUCUAUUUAAUGCCAACUAGAUCAUAGCUCUUAUAAAAUUCCAGUGGUAUCUCAACUAGUUUUCAACAUUCGGUAAAUAAAUUUAAUUAAUUAAAUCCAAA